UACGGAGAAUUUCGAUGAUCUCACUCCGACCGGCCGGACCCUUUCUCCCUCAUUGAAGUUUUUAUGUGGAGCAGAAUUGGCUAAAAACAAAAUACAUUUAAUGAAUCCUACCAAGUAGCCCACUCCUAUGAAAAGCUUGGAAAUUAAUGUGGUAAGAAAAAAUGAGAACAGAGAUGGAAAUUGUCUCAAGCGGGCUGUUCUUUUUUUGUAAUGGUGCUGUCCAAACAAAUAUGGUGUUAGUUGCUCAGGCAUUAUCGUGUAUUAGGAUUGUUUUGUGAGCUUAAGUGCAGUAGUUGCAUUAUCUAUAGAAACCGUAGAUAGUGCGAAAACCAUAUAUUGCUUUAGUAGUUGGGGAAGUUUAAGACAGAGUAACAAUAAUUUGUUUUACAACAGGUAUUAAAAAAGACAUAGCAUAUAGCAUAUUUAUGAAAUGUUUUUGUGUGUGUGUGUGUGUGUGUGUGUGUGUGUGUGUAUGGUAACAGUAUUUCACAUAAGACAUAGACUAAGUCAUGACACAAGUUGUGUGUGUUUUGAUGUCAUCUCAUGUUGAAAUAUUGCUGUUGUCACACAGUAAGCAUAUUUUCUCCCUUUUAUCUGUUAUUUCAGGACGAGGACGUUUUUGUAGGGUGUAGGCAUGUUAAUCUGUGAUUUUUGUGAGGCUUGUGUUUGAUUUAUGUUGCAGAUUGUUGGACUUCAAAACUACCGCCUUCAAAAAGGGGUGUUGUUACAUGAUUAGACAGUAAUCUUAUCCUUUAGCUGUAAUAAGCAUGACAUUAACGACACUUACUUACACCUUUGUCACUACUGAUUUUUCUUUUUAUAGGUUUAACUUAAAUUGGACAUUUCUUACAAAUUUUGUGUGUGUGUGUGUGUGUGUGUGCGCGUGUGCGUGUGUGCGUGUGUGUGCGCGUGCGAGAGACAGAGAGAUGUUGUGAUGAGUAUGAACACUAAUGUACAGCAUAUCUUCUGUUCUAGCCCAAACAAAUCCCAAAUCACGCACAUUACAUACAUUUGCGACUCCGUUUUCACUCUGUCCCUUCCUCUUCCCGGAUAUUCGCGCAUGGGCUGGCUACCUCCUUUGCUCCCACAGGUGUAUUGUCGUCAUGGUCGUGAAGUCAUGUGUAGAUUGCGCAAUCUUUAUUUUGCCCACAAUAAUGCUGCAAGUGCUUCAUUGUCAGGUACCACAUCCGUGACCUUCAGAGAACACACAGAACCAGAACAUGUGCUUGGUGGAAGUCACUUUGGUUCAAAAAUGUUCUAAAAAUUGUGUUGUGCACUACUCUCAUGUUCUUAGGAUUCCCCAGUGUAGGCAUUUCCCCAGGCUUGUUUCAAGCAAAGUGUUGAUUGGUGCAGUUGACCCUAUAUGUUAUUUUGUGUCAUUGGUACACAGAUACAUUGGAGGACAUAUCAGUGGAUCACCCCCCCAAGUCAUUUUUGAGAUUAGAGGGCAGCCCAGAAUGGGCGGGGAGAGGGCGGGCCUUAGGCUGCCUGGCGCUCGUACUAAAGUACGGGGGCGUGGCAGGAGGAGCGCGAGGGAUAGAGCCGCCGUGCUCUGGCCUGUGCCUCGUCUCAGGAAAGGUAGAGCACUGCUGCCUCGUAGACGUCAAAAACCCCCAAACAAACGCAUCAGACCUCAGAAGCGCAGCAUGUUUCAGAAGGGCACCAAGCGAAAGUUUGCGGACGCAGGCGGCGAGGAGGAGGAGGAGGAAGAGGCCGCGCUGAGGACCGGCGUGGCCGUCGGCAUGGGCGUGGGCGUGGGAGUUGGCAUCGGCGUGGGGGCGCUGGCGGGCGAGGACCCCGUGAGCCUGCGGCUGCUCUCGUCCUACAGCCUGCAGCGGCAGACGCUGCUCAACAUGUCGCUGGUGAAGCUGCAGCUGUGCCACAUGCUGGUGGAGCCCAACCUGUGCCGCUCCGUGCUCAUCGCCAACACCGUGCGCCACAUCCAGGAGGAGAUGACCUAUGACCUCACCUGGCAGGUAGGAGCGGCAGCCGAUGCCCUGAGCCACGCCCACGCUCAGGCGGAGUGUCUGGCCGCCUCCGACCGCCUCUGCCGCUCCGCCCUCACGGAGGAGGAGCCAGAGCAGCAGCCGGCCACGCCCUUCAACGCCAUCGGCUACGAGGGCUGCGACGAGGACGACGAGGAAGAGGAGGAGGUGGUGGUGGACGAGGACGGGGACGUGCCGCUGACGUCGGUGGCGUCGUCCGGCCCCUUCCUGCCCGGCAGGCUGGGCGCGAGCUUGGGCAUGGGGGUGGGCGCGGGCCUGGGUCCCCGCUGGCAGGGCGAGCCCAUGUGCCACCCGGGGGAGAUGGAGGACGCCGACGAGUUCGGCAAAGGCAGCGGAGACGCCGACGACGAAGAGGAGGAGGAGGAGGAGGACGAGGACGACGAAGAUGACGACGUGGCAGCGUAUGACAGGACAGCGGCCGCCGCCGGGGGGGAGGACGGAGGCGACCGGCUGGCCAAAACCACGGAGCAGAUCUUCAGCCCGUUGUUCGAGACGAACAGACCCACGCCCGUCCCCGAAGCAGCGCUGGAGGAGCUUUUCUCGGACGUGGAGGCGUCCUACUACGACCUGGACUCCAUGCUGACAGGAAUGCAAGGCGCUGCAGCUGCCGCGGCUGCCGCCGCUGCUGCCGCCGCAGCUGGUGCUGCUACUGGGGGUGGGGUUGGGGUCAGCGGGGACACAGGGGUCGGGGUACCCAAGGGGACCUCCUUUGAGUUGCUGGAGAGCUUGAACUCCAGCCACACCCAGACCCACACGCAGACACCCCUCAACCCCACCACAGGCUGCAGGCCGGACCUCAGCGAACUGGACCACAUCAUGGAGAUCAUCGUCGGGUCAUAAGACAAGCACAGCCAACCGAUCAAGACUGGGUAGUUUUAUGAGUGUGUGACGUGCGUGCGUGUGUGUGUGUGUGUGUGUGUGUGUGGAUGGGAAUGGCUGUACUACACAGCCCUGCCCACAUGGAUUGAAUGAAAGGACAAAUGAGAUGCACCAUGAUUUUACUUUUACUCUUUUUUUUUUAUAUACAAACUGAGAUUAAGCACGUAUGCUCUAUUUUUCAUAUCUUUUUAUAUAUGUUUUCUGUCUCCUGGUGUAUGUUUUUACUUUUGUUUAUUUAUUGUUUUGUAAUUUAUUGUUUGUUAUCAUCGGACAGUGAAUUUACACUACAUAAAUUGAAUCUCAUAAAGUUGUAUAUGUGGAGAACAACAAAGAUAUUAAUAUUUCUCCUUAAUGAGCGACCAGAUAAAUAUAUGUCCCAUCCAGCAAGUAGAAACAUGUUUGUCUUUGUUUGUUUGUUUGUUUGUAUGUAUGUAUGUAUGUAUGUAUGUAUGUAUGUAUGUGUGUAUGUAUGUUUGUGUGUGUGUAUGUGUGUAUGUUUAACAUCAACACGAUGCAAGGCCUGUGUACUGUUAAGUGUGCCCAGUGAUUGACAUGGACACUGCCCAAUUAGCAACGCUUUCUGGGAAUGACCUCGGCCACACCUGAUCCAGAAUCAGCUGAGCAGGAGGUGAUUGUUCUAUCAUCAUCCACUGUCAAUUCUGAAGAGGAGUCAGUCUGCAAUGAUGGCUACCGUCUUGCUUCAAGUAUCAAGCAAUGCAAUUAUUGUUUUUGUUUACCCCCACCCCCACCCCCACCCCUCCACAGAGAGUAGUAAGCUCCACAGACUUCUCUGCUUCAGAUGGGAUAUAACAGUCCACCUUCUGCAGAGGGCUUUCAGAAGACUGUGCAAUACUCAUGAGUAAACAUUUGGAGAGAGAUCCUAAAGUGUUAGUGCAGAGAACGCCCUGUAGUUUUCAGAAAACAGAAGUGAACUCCUUUUGGAUGCCUUGUUGGUUCAACUACAGUGCCCCCCAAUUUCCCUUUUCUUUUUGCUGUUUGAUUUCAGAUGAACUGUCCCAGCUCUGGAGACCUAUGGGUGAUCCUCAGAUGAUAUGUCUUGUUUAGAAUAUGUCUUCAUUCUAUGGAGAAAGGGAUAGUCUUUUAACUUGGUUACAAUUAACAUAAAACGUUUGAAAGAAUGGCGAAUUUUUAAGUAUUUAAACUGUUGCCUCUAAAAAAAAGCGCCUGUUAACUUUAUGCAGUUGGAGGCCAUAUUUUAUUAUUUUUGUAUUGUUAUUUUUUACAAAAAAAUGAUACUGAUGUGAAUCAUUUUAUCUGUAUUAUGUUGAAGAGGUACAAACGUUUCUGCUAUGUUUAGAUCGGAGUCAUGCAUGUGGUUACGCUUCUCUCAAAACUCCUCUCCUCCAGAGAUCAGCAUUCCAUUCAUUCUUUGGAGUGCACCGAUGCGUCAUUUGUAUUAUUAAUUUCUCCGAAAUGCCGCUCCGUGUUGGUUAAGCAUUGCCUCUUUCAGCAAAGUUACUUUAGCAAUGAUUAUGUCCUGUGCUUCAGGAUGACUCCAGAUAACGUGUUAUGAUCAUCGUUUCUGUGUGCCAUCACUAGGAAGGAAUUCUACCACUUGUAGGUCAUCAGUAACUGUAACACCACCGAAUGAUGUCAGGUCCAAACAACAAAGACAGUAUGAAUUUUUAUAUUUCUAUGAAGAUUGUAUAUUGUAGCAACUUUGUAAAUAUUUUUUAAAAAUAAAAUUUUGCAUUGCUAUA